AUGUGCCAUCAGUUCUUUGGGGACGAGGAGGUGAUCAAGGGCUAUGAGGACCUGGAGAUUGAUAUCUGGCUCAGCCAGAGGAGCUUUGAGGCAUUGCUCGAGGUGCGCUACAGCAGCAAGAUGCAGGAUGCAGACGACAUCGAGAAGGCCAUGCGAGACAAGUUCACGGACGGACUCUCAACCACACGUCAGGAAUACCUGACCAAACUUCAGGGCGCAGCUCCGCUCCUCCUUGAAAGCUUGGGCAAGCCGGUCCUGGAAUUUGGCCCAGAGAGGGGCAGCCUGGCUGUGUACAGGGACCUGCAUGCACGCCUGCAGCCGCUGCUCAUGUUCUUUGUGGACGGCGCCAGUUUCAUCGACCCGGAGGAGCCAGAGUGGGACCUGCUCCUUGCACUUCACACUGAUGCCGGCGUUGUGACCGUUUCGGGAUUUGCGACUAUCUACACCUUCUGGUGCUACCCGAACCAGACGCGCAUCCGGGUGUCACAAGUGCUCGUGCCGCCCCCGAACCAGGGCGAGGGCGUGGGCAGGGCCCUGCUCGAGGCCGCCUACAUCACAGCCGACGAGAGGGGCGCUGUCGAUAUCACGUAUGAGGAUCCCACGGACACAGUGCAGUUGAUCAGGGAGCGCGUUGAGCUGCAGCGGGCAGUCAAACUCCCCUGGCUUGCUGACCUGGCCGCCAGCACUGCCAAAGCCUUAGGUGGCUCCCCAACAGCCGCCGCGAGCUCUAACGGUGCCACACCUCCUGAGGCUAAUGGUGCAGAGGCACCCGUCUCACCAAUGCUACAGCCGAAGGAUCAGGCCAGGGCGCAGGCCGACCUGCGCAUCACCAGGAAACAGGUGAGGAAGCUGUGGGAGGUGCUGCUGAGCGCGCAGCCGGGCUGGGGCGAGGCGCUGCGGCAGGCCACGGUGGAGGGCCUGGUGCGCGCGCGUCUGGUCGGGGGCGUCACCUCCACCAAGCGCGUGGCCGAGGGCAAGCGCAUCUUCGAAACCGAGGCCGGCUUCCACAUGACCAGGGUGCCGGCAGGGAGCGGGAUGGGGCCGGGGUCGGGGAUGCCGGUGGCGAUGGAGCGGGAUGACGUGGAGGGAGAGAGCGCCGAAGAGCGCGAGGCAGCCCUUGAGGAAGCCGUGACUAAGCGCAUGGAUGAGCUCAGCGCCCUUGUGGCCUACGUGCAGCGCCUGCUAUAA